AUGCAAGUCAAUGACACAGAGGGCGGCUGGACUGUCAAUGGGACCAUGGAACCACGGGAUUCCAGCCCCCUGGCAACUUGUGCAGAAACUGUGACUUUUCCUGAAGUGGAAGAGGAAGAGGAGUGGGGUUCUUUCUACUACUCCUUUAAGACAGAGCAGCUGGUAACCCUUUGGAUCCUUUUUGUCUUCACCAUCGUGGGGAAUGCCUUCGUGUUGUUCUCUACCUGGAAGAGGAAGAGGAAGUCACGAAUGACUUUCUUUGUGACCCAGUUAGCAAUCACAGAUUCUUUUACAGGGCUCAUCAACAUAAUGACAGAUAUUAUUUGGCGAUUCACAGGGGAUUUCAUGGCACCGGAUUUGGUCUGUCGGGUGAUUCGUUACUUACAGGUGGUGCUCCUAUAUGCCUCAACCUAUGUCCUGGUGUCACUCAGCAUUGACAGGUAUCAUGCCAUUGUUUACCCUAUGAAGAUUCUUCAAGGAGAAAAGCAGGCAAAAGUUCUGAUUUUCGUUGCCUGGAGCCUCUCUUUCCUGUUUUCCAUUCCCACUCUGAUCAUCUUUGGGAAAAGGAAACUAGCCAAUGGAGAAAUACAGUGCUGGGCCUUGUGGCCUGAUGAUUCCUACUGGAUCCCAUACAUGACCAUCGUGGCCUUCCUGGUGUACUUCAUUCCCCUGAUCAUUAUCAGUGUUAUUUACUUCAUUGUGAUUCGAACCAUCUGGAUUAAGAGCAAAGCCCAUGAUAGGAUCAUCUCUAAUUGUUCUGAGGAGAGACAACAUUCCAGCUACAACCGAGGACUCAUCUCAAGGGCGAAGAUCAAGGCCAUCAAGUAUAGCAUCGUCAUCAUUUUUGCAUUUGUGAUCUGCUGGAGUCCCUACUUCCUCUUUGAUAUUCUGGACAACUUCAGUCUCCUCCCUGAGACCAAAGAGCGCUUCUAUGCCUCCGUGAUCAUCCAAAACCUGCCAGCCCUGAACAGCGCCAUCAACCCCCUGAUCUACUGCCUCUUCAGCAACAGCCUCUGCUACCCCUGCAGGGAAAGAAGGGAUAUACGAGGGACUUUCCAAGAGAAAACAGAGAGGCAUGAGAUGCACAUCAGACCCAAGCCAGAAUUUGUUUAA